AUGAAGACCGCAAAGAGGCCUGCGCUUCACUCGUCGCAGUCGUCCCACACCUCGCGGCAUUCCCACACCAGCCCAUCUCUCCGACUCAAUAGGACAAUGUCCAGCUCUGUCGUCUCGCCACGCGUGGCACACUCGGUCGGCCAGCCGUAUCCUCCACCCAGCAAAUUAUCACCAGGCAUUUCCUCGCCGGACAGACGAGUCACGAGCCCCAACUACUUCGCCCUCAACGUCGAGCGCGACAGCUCGCCGCGGGACUCGUCGACCAUCCCAGAAAACAACUGGAGUCCUCCUACAUCAUCCGUGAGGUCAUUCGCCGCAGCAAUUCCUCAGCAGAUACCGCUCGACGCAAACCCAGAGUUUGAAGCGUUUCGACGACAGGUGGAUGCCAACCGUUCUAGGGGCUUCAACCUUGGUGAAGCCAGCUUCAGUCCUGCACCACGGCUAUCCCUACCUACAGCGACCACGACAAGGCCUCAGCCGACGCACCGAGCCACGCACCACAGCGAAGUUUCUGCUGAACGGGUGACGCGGACCUCGACGCAUGAUGGGCCCAGCCUUAAAAUGGAUGUGGAUGGGGACAGCCUCCACGAUUCUGCCUACGUCUCAUCCGAUUCCAAACGGAAUUCCGAGAUCUCGCUCUCCGGUCCCUUUGCUGGAGGUGUCAGAUAUGAUUCACCAGCUUCCAUGGAUUCCCCAUUUGAUGCUGGCAGGAGGUCAACCUUGACAACCAUUGACGACCGCCACCCGCGAUUGUCUCUGCCACAACAUAAGCUUGAGCUUGCGGGCGAUCUCGCCAAACAGCGUGCGCGAACCACUUCAUCCGGUCCGGAAGGCGGCCCCGGCCUAAUGCCUGUGGCAACACUUCACAAUUUGAUGAAAAACGCGGCAGAUGGAGAAUUGCUCAUCCUGGAUGUUCGAGUAUCGACACAUUAUGCGCAAAGCCGGAUACGGGACGCACUCAACCUCUGCAUUCCCACGACCCUUCUCAAACGAGCAACUUUCAACAUCCAGAAGCUCCUUCAGACGCUCCAAUCAGAACAGGACCAGGAAAAGUUCCAGCAAUGGCGUGCCACCAAAUAUCUGGUCGUGUACGACGCCACAUCAAGCGAGCAGCGGGACGCUGCCGCCGCCAUGAACAUGCUCAAGAAAUUCGCAAACGAGGGUUAUGAAGGCACUCCAUAUCUGCUGCAAGGAGGAUUUGCGGCAUUCUCCAAAGCGUACCCCAAUCUUGUUGACCACCGCAGUCCUGUCGAGAGAGCAGGCGGCAGCGCUAACUCUGCUGAAGGCAGCCGACCUUCCUUUGCACCAGUCAUCGGUGGCGUCAUGUUGCCAGCCAACUCUGAUGGCGCCAAUCCCUUUUUUAGUAACAUUCGCCAGAACAUGGAUCUCGCGGAUGGCGUUGGCCAGAUGGAUGUUAAGCUCCCUGCCAACAUUGACCUUGAUAUUCUGCCAGAGUGGUUGAAAACCGCUGCGGACCCUGCGGAUCAUGGCAAGAAGGUGUCAGAGCGCUUCCUAAAGAUCGAGAAGGGCGAACAAUCGCGCAUGAAAGACGCGUACGCAGCCUUCAACACAGCUUUGCCAUCACAAGCAGGAGGCGUGCGUCUGUCAGGAGUGGAGAAAGGUGUCAAGAAUCGGUAUAAAGACAUCCUUCCUUUUGAGCAUGCGCGAGUCCACCUCGCCGGCCGACCCCAAGGCGCCUGUGACUACAUAAACGCUAGUCACAUCGAGACCGCCAAGAGCAACAAACGGUAUAUCGCUAGUCAGGGUCCGCUGCCAGCCACCUUUGAUGAUUUCUGGUCGGUCGUAUGGGACCAGGAUGUUCGCGUGAUCGUCAUGUUGACUGCCGAGAUGGAAGGCGGACAGCUCAAGUGUCACCCGUACUGGAAGGAGAGAGAUUUUGGCCUCAUCAAGUUGAAGCCAUUGUCUGAGAAGAAGGUCUCUCUUGACAUUGACCGCCACCGGUCAAGCUCGACAGCAUAUCGAUCGUCUUUUAUGUCGAGCGGUGAAGCAAGCCGCCGCCGCGCCAAUACAACAACCCAGCUCGACUCUGCGCCUACGCCUGCUGCUGUCCAAAGCCAGACCGAAGCGCCAUAUGUCAUCAUUCGCAAGUUCGCCUUGAUGCACUCGGCUCAUCCCUUUGCGCCAGUGAGAGAGAUUACGCACCUCCACUACCCAUCGUGGCCGGAUUUUGGGGCCCCAGCACAGCCAUCGCACCUAUUGGCUCUGGUUGAGCUCGCCAACGUGAUGCAGCGAGCUGCACUGCCAGUUGACUCUCACGCAAUCUCAUCCAGCUUCGCCGCUGACCAGGCUCAUCACAUUGGCUGGUAUGACGAGCCAGCCUCAGAGGACAACGUGCGACCUAUGCUUGUGCACUGCUCUGCUGGAUGUGGCCGCACUGGCGCAUUCUGCACCGUCGACAGCGUGAUCGACAUGCUCAAAAGACAACACCUUGCGUCGCUGGAUACAGCCAAGAGUACCGAUGGCGACGGGGACGUCUCCAUGUCAGACGAGCCCAUUUCUCCACGCACUGUGCCGAGUCAGAGUCUCGAUGAGCGCCUCAGGCUUUCGCAGGUUCUUUUGGAGGGUAGACAGGGCGACAGGAGCUGGGUGUACAACAAAAACAUCGACCUCAUUGAAGACACAGUCAACGACUUCAGACAGCAGCGGCUUAGUAUGGUGCAGAGUCUGCGGCAGUACGUACUGUGCUAUGAGACCAUUGCCGAGUGGGUGGCGCGUCUAGAAGAGAAGAAAUCAAGCAACAUCACGCCUGGCGGUCGGCGGCGGAGUGGUAGCCUCAAUGGCCAUUGA